GACGAUUCUGUUCGAGCGGCCAUUUUGAUAGAAGUUUGAGGUUAGAAAAAUAGACCGGGAUAUUUGUUCUAUUUUUGUGCAAAAAUACAUUUGCUCCCGGGAAUUUAAUUCUACAUCACAGAUCCUUUAUUUAACGAACUUCAAUUUUGCGCCGCGACAACCCUGAAAAUAAUACAAGCUAGACGGGGGGAAAGAGGCAGAGCGCGAAAACCCUUUCUACCAUUCAUUGCGCGAGCUUGGGGCCCUCUUUCAUCCUUCAUGGACGAUAGUUAGCAGCGGUGAUUUAUGGGAAUAUAAGUGUAAAGCCGUUUAACUGAUAUUUGUUAUAUUAUCUGUGAUACUACUUUGUUAGAUAACUCAUACUACCUUGUGCAUUGUUUAUAUCCGAGUUUGAAUAGGCACGGUGUUUGCAACGUCCCUCCGUAAAGCUAGCUAGGCUAGCUAACUAAAUUAUUUACCCUGGUGGCUAACGCAUUAGCUGGCUAGCACACAAAGCGCCCGCCUACUCUAAACGUCUAGUACUAGCUAGCGACCACCGCGAUUCCGCAUUAAAUAAUGGAGACGUGUUAUAUUCGUGUGGCCGAGGAUGAAAACGAAGAGCCAAUGGAAAUUCCUUCAGAGGAGGACGGGACAGUACUGCUGUCCAGCGUGGCAGCGCAGUUUCCAGGCGCGUGCGGCCUGCGUUACCGGAGCCCGGUGUCUCAGUGCAUGCGGGGAGUGCGCUUAGUGGAAGGCGUGCUGCAUGCACCAGAGGCCGACUGGGGCAAUCUGGUGUAUGUAGUCAACUACCCAAAAGACAAUAAAAGAAAGAUGGAUGAAAUGGAUGCUGCUUCUGCUGUGAAAAUUAAGAGGGGCAUUCAGAAAACUUCAGACCUUAUUGUUCUUGGCUUACCAUGGAAAACAUCUGAACAAGACCUGAAAGACUAUUUCAGCACAUUUGGAGAGGUGAUAAUGGUACAGGUUAAAAGAGAUGCAAAAACAGGAAAUUCUAAAGGGUUUGGUUUCGUAAGGUUUACAGACUAUGAGACACAGAUUAAAGUGAUGUCCCAGCGGCAUAUGAUAGAUGGGAGAUGGUGUGACUGCAAGCUCCCCAACUCAAAGUAUUUCAUGGAACAAGCUGGGCUAGACGAGCCUAUGCGCAGUAGGAAAGUGUUUGUGGGCCGUUGUACUGAGGACAUGACUGCCGAUGACCUCAGGCAGUUCUUUAUGCAGUACGGUGAAGUCACCGAUGUCUUCAUUCCUAAGCCUUUCCGAGCAUUCGCCUUUGUCACUUUUGCUGAUGACCAGGUUGCCCAGUCUCUGUGUGGUGAGGACCUGAUCAUCAAGGGCACCAGCGUACACAUCUCUAACGCAGAGCCUAAGCACAAUAAUAGUAGGCACAUGUUGGAUCGUGCUCGUUUUGGGGGGUUUGGGCAGGGCUUUGGUGGUAGUCGCAGUCAUAACAGCAGUGUGAAUUUUGGGGCUCUUAGCUUAAACCCAGCCAUGAUGGCUGCAGCCCAGGCAGCCCUCCAGAGUAGUUGGGGAAUGAUGGGUAUGCUGGCCAAUCAGCAGAGUCAGACAGCCGCCUCUGGCACCACAGCACCCGGCCAAACGGCAGGUAACAGAGAUCAGGGUCAGGGCUAUAGUGCGGCCGGCGGCAAUUAUAAUGCCGCCGGCUCAGCUAGUCUCGGGUGGGGAGCCAAUAACACGGCCUCCAGCGGUGGCUUUGGCUCUGGCUUUGGCUCCAGUAUGGAGACAAAGUCUAGUUGGGGAAUGUAGAGAGUUACUUUGUUUUUGCAGUGUCCUUAUUUCUAAAUUAGGUAAGUACAUUGAGAUGAGUUUGCAGGCAGAUUUUAUUUUUCUUGUAUUUAGAAAAAAUUUGCUUCUGAGUUUUGUUUAAAAGAUGUUUUGUUUAAAAGAUACUUGAAAAAAAUCUUUAUAAAAUUGAUUUGGUUAAAUUGUAAGAGUGGUAUGAACACUACAUAAAAAACCCCAAUUAAUUUGUUUUCAUUGAUUUUGGUUAAAAUCUAACAAUUCAUUGCAUUUCAUUGUUUAUUGAACUGUGCUUAGACAUGCUUUGUUGUGAAUCUCAUUUGAGUUGUAUUGUGUGGAGUUGUUUGCAUUUUUUGUUUAGAGUUUAUGGUCAAGCCUUGAUAAAUCUCUUCUACAGUUCACCACCUCUUUUCCCAUUUCCCUGGAAGAAGCGCUUCGUUGGCCGCAAUGUUCGAGCGAUCUCAGUAUCAGUACCCUUCUUCCCAUGUGUAAAUGCUUUGCCAUCAAAGAACACAGCUUCACUCUUCAUUUACUGUGUUAGACGGUGGGUGUUGUCUUUUUCUCCCCUUUUCAUGGAUAAAUCUGUCCAAUAUGUAUCGCUUUGAGAGCGAGUGAGAUGGUGAUGGAUUGUUGGUGGGCCAAGAGUGAGAGACUGAAUGAGCGAACAGACUGAGAGAGAGCGAACGUGAGCUGUUUGUGCGAUUAAAAAAAAAAAAAACAAGAUGACUGCAAGAUGUGAGAAGAACCUGUGUGAGCGAGUGUGAACAGCAGCAGCAUGUUUUCUGUCACAUUAUCAGAUGGACAUUAAUUAUUCUUACUCCCUUUUUUGAUCUAUCUCCUUUCUUUCCUUCUUUUUCCUCAUAUAACCAAGCUUAUAUAGUUACAGGAAAUAUAUGUAUGUAUGUAUCGGAAUGUCUAGCAAUCUAAGUAUUUGUAUAUUAUCCGUCGUGAAUGCUUGUAUGGUGUGUGUGUUCUAUCUCCUCCCUGUUACUGACCUCCAAGUGUGAAAAUGUGAAGUGGUGGUGUCUGUGAGAAAGCACUGGUUGUGUGGGGGUGUGUGCCAGCGAGUGUCUCGAGGGGUGAUGUGGCGGUGAAAGUUGAAGAAUCCCUAAAGAAAAGUUGCAUUUGUUGAAGUGCUUUGAAUGCCAUCUUAUGUUUUGUGAAUCAAAGGGAACUCUCAAAUAAAACUAAUUUGACUA